AUGAAUUCAAUGGCGAUAGCGAUAUUUUCAACAGUUCACGAAAUAUAUCCAACUACUGUCAAAAAUCUGCGUAAAAUGAUACCACCAGUAUCACAAUCAUGUUUUUUUUAUGUACCUGAUGAGUUUAAAUUAACUAUUGGAAAAGAACAAUUUUUAUUUAUUGAUGAAGCUCGUGUAAGACGUGAACGUUUUUUACUUUUUUGCAAGUAA